UUCACGUCGCACCGCAAUGCCGAUUCCAUUAUAGCGAAUCGAGAGGCGUCACUCAAAACCAAUUUGCUUUUGCCUUAUCCUAGAAAAAAAAAAGAGCGAACUACAGACAGCUGCUUGCCUCCGAUGCGAUUGAAAGAGAUUCUCUGAUCGCUUUAAUUCUAACGUCCAAGUAAAGUGCUCAUCACCCAGACCGAGUCUCGUUACUCGAGUUCCCUCGAACUUCCAAAAACAAAAAGAACGCAGCCCAACCACUGAUCGUCAGAUUUCUCAGUAGACUAGAUUUUGCUUCUCUGUACGAAGUAUUCUCAUUUUCCUGAGGAUUUUCGUAAACGACAAUGCUAACGUGCAUAGCUCGUUCCAAGCAAUCUGGGGAUGACUCACUGACUCAGCCAGAGGAAACCGACUCGUCCAAUAAUCCUAACAGUAAGCAAAACCAAGCCAUGAAAUCUCUCACAUCUCAGUUGAAGGACAUGGCGCUGAAGGCGUCGGGGGCGUACAAGCAUUGCAGCACCUGCACAGCGCAGACUCGGUUCAACAACCCACCGGGAGGUGGCUCUGACGCGGACUCGGAUCGUUCCAAGUGGUCAUACCGUAGAACUGGGAGUUCUAGGACGUGGGGGAAGGAGAUGGAAGCGAGGUUGAAAGGUAUAUCGAGUUCGAGCGGAGAAGCCACGCCAAACUCGUUGAGUGGCCGCCGUGCCGAACCGAUCGUGUUCGUCGAAGAAAAUGAGCCUAAAGAGUGGGUAGCUCAGGUGGAGCCCGGAGUUCUUAUAACCUUCAUCUCGCUCCCUCGUGGCGGCAACGAUCUCAAGAAAAUACGCUUCAGUCGAGAAAUGUUUAACAAAUGGCAAGCUCAAAGAUGGUGGUCUGAGAACUAUGACAGGAUCAAGGAACUUUACAAUGUCCAGAGGUUAAACCGAAAUGCCUUUGCGCUGCCAACACCUCCGAUAUCCGAAGAUGAGAUCUCGAAAAUGGAAUCUGCAGAAGCAAGCCCUGUAACACCGCCAUUGAGUAGAGAACGAUUACCUCGUAACUUAUACCGUCCAACAGGAUUGAGCGUGGGUUACUCAUCCUCAGAUUCACUUGACCAACAUCCGAUGCAGGCUCGGAAUUAUUCCGACUCCGGUGUUGCCUCAACCCCAAAAGUUUCGAGUAUUAGUGGUGGCAAGACGGAGAUAUCAUCUAUGGAUGCCUCUAUCAGAAGUAGCUCAUCAAGAGAAGCAGAUCGCUCCGGGGAGCUGUCCAUCAGCAAUGCCAGUGAUCUUGAGCCUGAAUGGGUUGAACAAGAUGAACCAGGGGUUUACAUUACUAUCAAAGCCUUGCCAGGGGGCAAAAGGGAGCUCAGGCGAGUUCGAUUCAGCCGAGAAAGAUUUGGGGAGAUGCAUGCUAGACUGUGGUGGGAAGAGAACCGAACCAGGAUUCAUGAACAAUACUUAUAAAGGAGGUUAUGGCGUUCUUAUGGUGCUACUAAAAAUUGUAGGGAGGGGGUGAGUAUUUUUCACAUUUCUGAUGCCAUAUUUUGUAGAAUCCCUUCUACAGUGAUGUAAGCCAGGUGUUUUUGCCUACUGGUACCUGUGUUCUUAUUUGAGCAGCUAAGUUUUCCCAGCUUCAUAGAAGCUUAGCUAGAAAUGUCAUGGUGGGAUUUUAUAUUAAUCUCAAUAUUAUCAUUAUUAGUUUC